CUCUCUAGCUUGUUCAUCAGUGUCCACUGAAUACCUUUCCCGGAGGUAGCGUAGGCCGUCCUGGUGACCCAGUCCAGCACGACGAGGAACAGGAGCGGUGACAACAAACAGCGCUGUCUGACUCCCAUGCUGACCCUCAAUUCCUCCGACAAUCUCCCAGCAUGGAUGACCUGGCAAGAAAACUCCUCGUAGAGUAAUCGAAUAAUACCCACGAUCUUCUCUGGCAUACCAUAGUGUCGUAAGAUGUUCCAGAUUGUCUGCCUGUCUACGGUGUCAAAUGCUUUUUCAAAGUCGACGAAGCACACAAAGAGUGACGUUUUCCAUUCCAUUGUCUGCUCCACAAUGACUCUGAGCGUCGCAAUCUGGUCCGUGCAUGAUCUCUCCUCUCUGAAACAUGCCUGCUCAUCUCUGAAUUACUUGUCAAUGGUAUCUUUCAAUCGCUCCAGGAUGAUUCUUGUAAGGACUUUGCUUGGAAUGGAAAGCAAGUGACAUUCAUGGCAGAUGAUCAAAACAGUGCAGUUCUUGGCUGUGUGGCUGAAGAAAUUUCUCAUUUAAAGAAACAUCAUGAAUCAAAGUGCAAAAUAAUAGAAUCUGUUGGAGACUUUGCAUACAUUAUUACUAUCCAGCUCCAAAUAAAGAAUUUGUCACUGAAAUUUCAAUUAACAAAGCAAUAUCCUGAUGUCGUACCUGCAAUAAUUCCAACAUCAAACAGUCUUUCAAAUGUUCACAAUUCACAACUAUCAAAAUAUUUAAUGGAAAAGUCUGAGGAAUUUGUUGGUAAACCUAUGAUACAGAACUUGAUUGAUGCCUGUCUUCAGUGGGUGACAGAGAAUCAAAGUGAUAUAACAGAGCCAGUCAAAGAAAAAGGUAAACCAAUUGCAAAACAUUCUAAGAAAAAACGAAGUUUAACAAAUGAAGAGGAUAAAAUUAUUGAUAAGAAGCCAGCAAUGAAAACAGCUUCUGAUGUAAUUUCUAGAAUUCAAUGGGAUGAGAACUUAAAAUCUGAAGAUUUUAUUGUUGGUUAUAUGGAUCGUUUUGUGGGAAUUAUUGAGAAAUCUUUUGAUAGUUUUUCUUGGGAAGAUAUUUCAACAGUAAAUUAUUAUACAUUGGCCAUUCCAAAACACAGAAUAUUCUAUUUUAAAUACAAGACAAUAAAAGUUUGGGAUAAAGUUCAGCGUCUUGAUUUGGUUUUUGGCUCAACAGGAAGUAAAAUGACAAUAACAGAUAUAGUAUCUAAUUAUGAAGAACAAUUGAAACGUGAUAUGGAAGAAAAUUUGGUCUUUGAAUCAGAUUCUCGAUAUGAAAUGCCAAGUGACCCCAACUUUUUCUGUGAUGAUGAAUUCUGCGCAAAGAUCACACAGCCCAACUUUUUUGUAGCAUUGAGAAUAACUAAUGAAGAAAUCUUGAAAAAAGUUGCAUGGAUGCAAGAAGAUAUCUUAAAGAAUAAACCAACCUACUUUGACUGUUUCAUCCCACCUGUCUGUCUGCAUCUAACACUAUGUAUGUUGCGUCUUGACCAUACCCAUCAAAUUGCUGAUGCUACAAAUUUGUUAAAAAAUCUACAAGAGGAACUUUCUAAAACAGUUGCUGACUGUGAUCCAAUUAGAAUUAAAAACAUUUACCAUUUUUCCCACCGUGUUGUCUAUGGUUGCAUCAAAAUCCCAGAAGAACUCACAGACCUUGUUCAGAAACUCAAAUGUUACUUUUUUGAAGAGAAAUUGUUGACGGACAUAAACAAGAAUUUUGUACCUCAUAUGACUAUAAUGAAACUCACUCGUCAAGUCAGCAAGCUGACUGAAUCAAAUCAGAUUGAUCCUUCCAUCUAUGAACAAUAUAUGAACUGUGAUUUUGGUGAGCAGGCUGUUGACAACUUAUAUUUGUGUUCCACGGACAAAAUCCGCCAAGACGAUGGGUUUUACAUGUCAACUAUCAACUUAAAAUUGUAAAUAUGGUGGAAGAUUACUUUGGUUCCAUUCAUAUUCAUUUUGUUUGCAAGUAGAUUCAACAGUGAUAACAACAAAGCCACAACUGAAACUAUGAUAUAUGUAUGUGUGUAUAUAUAUAUCAGAUUAAUGGGAAUUCAGAAAUCUAAGCAAUUAUCUCAGCACUUCUGUAAAUACUGUAUAAAAGUGUACACAGAAAUGUACAACAAAAUGAGUAUGGAUCACAUGUAAUAUGCAGUAAUAUUAUGAAUUCAUUAUUUAUAUUCAUAGCUUUGAAAUGAUUAUAAUGACGGAAUAAAUGUAAUAUCAACACCUCAA